AUGUACGGAAGCUGCAGCAGCAACAGUAAGGCCGUGAAGGGAGAGGGGCGGGGAGGCAGCACCGGGCAACAGCCAGGGGCGAGAUGGAGGCGGGACUUAGGUUCCGCACUCCAGCUGCUGGCGUCCCCCCUGGUGUUGCGGUCCCCGUCGCCGAACCCCGAAUCGGAGGACGAGGAGCGGGUAACCGACGUAGAGCUGGAGGAGGAGGAGGAGGCCGGUGUCCGGUCGGCAGGGCAGGAGGACGAGGUGCCCACGAUUGACCUGGCAUCGUCGGAAGAAGAGGAGGAGGACACCGGGACGGAGACGGAGGGCCGCAGCCGGAUUCGGGCGGAUCCGUUUGGGCGACGCAGCGCCAUCGGGCCGCCCGGAGGAGGCGAAGCGGAUAUUCGCAACCCGGGCGGAGGUGGUGCAGCGAGUAUUCGCGCAGCGGGCGGUGGCACUGCAACACCGCCACCGCCACCACCGUCACCGCCGCAGGCACCACGGCCAUCCCAGGCACCACGGCACGGACCGGAGACACCACCGCCUCCACCGCCGCCGUGGGUGCCAACGCCAUCGCCGUUGCCAGCAAAACGGCUCGGCGGGGAGCCGGAGUUCCGGGAGAAGGGGCCCUCGGUGUGGCCGACAUCAGAAGGGCCAGCCGCACGGCCGCCCAAAGUCGCCAGGCUGACAUCGUGCCCGGAGCCGCGGUUCCCACCAGCCAGGCCGUCGAUGAGCCGACAACAUUCGGCGGACAGCAGCCGCUGGGAGGAGAUGGCCGAGGAAGGGUGGCCGCCAAGGGUGGCAGCCGAGGCCAACCGGCAGCGGAAGAGAACCCGUAACAGCCGCUGGGCCAAGCUCCUGGUAGUAGACGGCGUCCGCUACCGCAUCCGGGUGGCAAACGGAGUGAUAGAAGCUAGAGAAGAGUCAGAAUCAUCAGAUCCACCAGUACAAGCUGAGGCUGUCGACCCUAUCUCUACAGAUCCCGAUAUAGAGGAAAAAGAUAUAAACAACCUCACUAUUCCGGCAGUCCUUAUUCAAUCUGAAUUAUCAGACCAGGAAUCGACCGACUCGGAUUCUCACAACAGCAUUGUAGAAAUAAAUGCAACCACAAUGGCUGAGGGGAUAAUUGCCCAAAGAGAAUACAUUAAAGAUAUAUCGAAUGCCAUCCCGGAGUUUAACGGGCAAAGGAUACACCUUCAGAGAUUCGUAACAGCUUUGAAACACGUGGCCGGUGACUAUAAGAGGAGCACACCGGGCUACCAGAAGUCAGUCAAACUCCGGCCCUCAAGCGGGGAACAUCGUCGCGAACAACAGAGUCCUGUGAACAUUCGGCAUCCUAGCCCGAAUCCUAGCACCGUGCACAGCAAGGACCCCCAAGUCCUGUGA